AUGAGUAAGAGCACUAAUGAAGCUUAUGAUCUGUUGGAAGAAAUGGCUAUGAAUAACUAUCAAUGGCCAUCAGAAAGAGAAACCACUAAGAAGGUCGCUGGAGUGCAUGAAAUGGAUGCCAUCUCAAUGUUGUCCACUCAAGUGGCAACAUUAACCAAACAGUUACAGCAGAACAACAUUCAAGCUCAAGUUCCAGUUAUGCAGAUGCAUAUUAUAAAAACGAGAUCAUCAAUUCGGAGCUUGGAAACUCAGAUCGGACAGUUAGCCACGCUUAUGGAAAACCGAGCUCAAGGGAACUUUCCAAGCACUACUGAAGUGAAUCCGAAGGGGAAUCUUAAUGAACAUUGCCAUGCUAUUACUCUGAGGAGUGGAACAGUAUAUGAGGGAACUAGUAUGGAAAAAAGAGUCGAGCAAAAGCAGGAUCAACAGGCACCCAAUAUUGAGGACAAGAAGACUUGCGAAGAGAAGGUUAUUGAGAAUCCUCCAGCAGGUUGCAAAGAGAAGAGACUCCAAAAGAACCGUCUUGACAAGCAGUUUGGAAAGUUCUUAGAGGUAUUCAAGAGGCUGCAUAUCAACAUCCCCUUUGCAGAAGCGUUAGAACAGAUGCCUAGUUACGUUAAAUUUAUGAAAGAUAUCUUAUCAAAGAAGAGAAAGAUGGAGGAUUACGAAACUGUGGCAUUGACCGAAGAAUGCAGUGCUAUUUUGCAAAGGAAGCUUCCACAGAAGUUGAGAGAUCCUGGAAGUUUCACAAUCCCAUACACAAUUGGUAACUUUGAGUGUAAACAUGCACUAUGCGAUUUGAGAGCCAACAUAAAUCUCAUGCCUCUAUCAGUAUUCAAAAGACUUGGUUUGGGUGAGGCAAAGCCAACCACUGUUACACUACAGUUGGCGGAUCGAUCACUGGCUCAUCCGAGGGGGAUCAUAGAAGAUGUGCUAGUGAAGGUCGACAAAUUCAUUUUCCCUGCAGAUUUUAUUGUGCUGGACAUGGAGGAGGAUGCAAAUGUCCCAAUUAUUCUUGGGCGACCUUUUCUAGCAACAAGACAAGCUCUCAUUGAAGUUCAAAAGGGAGAGCUUAAACUCAGAGUUAAGGGGGAUGAGGUGGUAUGUAGUGUCUUCAAGGCAAUGACGUAUCCAAUGGCUAGUGACAGUUGCUACAGUGUGGAUGUAAUAGAUAAAGCAGUCUUGGAAAGAAGGGUGAGUAGUGAUGCUUUAGAGGCAGUGUUGACAAGUGGUAAGGAAGAUGAUGAUGACGAAGAGAUGAAAGAAUAUGUAAAGUGGAUUAACUCUUACCACCCGUACAUGAAGAAAUUUGAAGAGUUGGCAGAGGCCACCGAAUGA